GGCGGGAACAGCCAGCAAAUAUACACUCCGAUUGGAGUUCUGUUCUUUCAAUUCCAAGAAUUUCCUAGCCCCACAACAAGGCAAAGGGACCUUAAGAAAAGGAAGAGAAUGAAAAGGAAUAGAGGGUUUGGAGUCAAACCUGUCCCAAUUCUUAAGGCUGCAUCCAUGGGCAAGUCUUGAGGAAAACUAAUUUUAUAACCAAUCACUGUGAAGAAUAAACAGCCACUGCCUCCUCACUAGGGAUUUUUCUUUGGAAGACAUGGAUCUUGCUGCUAAUGAGAUCAGCAUUUAUGACAAACUUGCAGAGACUGUUGAUUUUGUGAGACAGACAGGCCAUCAAUGUGGCAUGUCAGAGAAGGCAAUUGAAAAAUUUGUCAGACAGCUGCUGGAAAAGAAUGAACCUCAGAGGGGGCCACCCCAGUAUCCUCUCCUUAUAGCUGUGUGUAAGGUCAUCGGAACCUUGGGAUUAAUCUUGCUCACUGCCUACCUUGUGAUUCAACCUUUCAGCCCAUCACCACCUGAACCAGUGCUUUCUGGAGCUCACACCUGGCGCACACUCAUCCACCACAUCCGGCUAAUGUCCUUGCCCAUUGCCAAGAAGUAUAUGUCAGAGAAUAAAGGAGUUCCUCUGCAUGGUCGUGACGAAUACAGAUCCUUUCCAGAUAUUGACCCCUGGUGGAUAAAUGACCGUGAGCAGAAUGAGUCGGACCUCAUCCCUGACAACUGCACUGGUUGUGCCCAGAAAUUACCUCUGAGGGUAAUGCUCCUGGAAGAUGCCCCAAAGACAUUUGAGAGACUCCAUCCUCUGGUGAUCAAGACUGAAAGGCCCCUGUUGUCUGAGGAGCUUCAGCAUUUUUUGUGCCAGUACCCUGAGGUGACAGAAGGCUUCACAGAAGGGGUUUUCACCAAGUGGUGGCGCUGCUUUCCUCAGCGGUGGUUCCCAUUUCCUUAUCCAUGGACAAGACCUCUGAACAGAUCACACAUUUUACGUGAGCUUUUCCCUGUUUUCACGUACCUCCCAUUUCCAAAAGAUGCCUCCUUGAAAAAGUGCUUCUUUCUUCAAGCAAUACCUCUCGUGGGGACUAAGAUGUAUAGGAUGCAUGACCUGUUUACCAUUGGCAGUGGUGAAGCCAUGUUGCAGCUCAUCCCCCCCUCCCAGUGCCGAAGACACUGCCAUUCCAUGGCAAUGCCACUAGAGCCAGGGGAUAUCGGUUAUGCUGGUGCUGUCCACUGGAAGGUCUACAUUGUAGCCAGAGGGGUCCAGCCUUUGGUCAUCUGCGAUGCAACCACCCUCUCAGAAGAGUAGGAGACAGGACUGUGUAGAGGAACAGCUUUGAAAACUGAAGACCAGAUUGAAAGGAGGAAAUAAAACAAUGAAACCACUUUGCAGGGGUUGGUUACUCAGUUCCCUGCCCUGUGCAUGCGUAUGUGAGCCAGUUGUGUGCCGGAGCCCAGGGCCGGAGCCCAGCCCUCCAGCCUCUGGGCCAGGACUUUGCCAACACCUGUCUGUGAGAGACUGCGCUCCUCCAGGUCUUUUGGCCUCACAGCCUUGAGGCCGCCCUUCAGUCAGGGAGCAGGAUGGUGCCUUCCCUCACUUGCAAGGCAUGAUCCCCUCUGCUGGUCCCCUGGUCACAGAGAAGGCAACCAGCUGGUCCUGACUUCAGAGCCAUCCUUCAGCAGAUGGGUCUCCGUGUCCCGUCUUCCUGGCCACACCACCCUGCACUUUUUUAGGAAAGCUACGACUGCUGAUUAAAGAAGUCAUUGUCGUUUCCCAAACAGAAUGGGAUCUGGAACCACUGAAACAAAGAUCAGAUAACCUCAAAUUGCACUCAAGAAGUGAACUUCUUUCGCAGCAUCCAUGGCUCUCAGAGUCUCAGUGAUGCCAGGCUGGGGUCUGAUUAUAAUUGAGAUGUUACUCCUAAAGUAAUGCCUUUCUCCAUUUUACCUUUUGGUUCUUUUGCCUCCCCCGCCCCAACCCCUGCCAGUCUGAACUCCUUCCCGUCUCCCUUGGCUCUCUGGCUCGUUUCUGGGCACUUAGACUCCUGGUCCUUCUCCCUUGGCUGGGCCAGGGCCCUUUGCAGCUGAGGCAUUGUCAUUCUGUUAACUGUGUUGCUUUUACCAAGUGUCUUCAGAGGGGGAUGAGUUAGAUGCUGGCCUGGGAGAGGGUGCCUCCCUGGUUUGAUCUUUAGGGUCUGACUUUGUGGAGGGAAGAUGUUUUACAGAUGUGUCAGGCUGAUGUAAUGUGGUUGGGGAAGGAACUCCAGACCCCAAGUGUUUGCCAGCUGGGUGUGUAACUAUGCGAUCCUCUGUCUUACAAUGAUCUCUCUCUUUGUAUGGGAAAAAAGGUGAGGUUUUUAUUUUUUGUAACAAUAUAAAGCUGUAUUCUUUUGAUUGGGUAGUUCACUAUGCUCAGUGUUUCCCUGAAGUGCUUUUAGUGUGUUAAUCAAAUCAUGUAAAUUAGGAUGCUCUUUUCUUGUUUUCUUUUUUUCCUUUAUUGAUUACUGCUAGGUACCUGGCCUCUGGUCAUGCUGUCAUCAAGAUGAAGAAAAAACGAAGCACACUGUGGCCCCUACUUCUGAAUGGCAGCGAUUGAAUGGAUACAGGAGGUGUCAGAGUUACGGACCAGGGGUGGACGGCAGAGAGGGAAGUGGGUGUGACUCCUUGCAGGAUCCUCUUCAUCUUGGGAGCACCCCUGCCUCUGUCCCCAGGCCCUUUCUCUCUUUGCAUCUCCUGGGCAGCAGUGGGGAACACUAAGCACUUGAACCACAUGUUUAUGGGCCUGUAAAGGACAAGCAGGGUUCACAAAGCUCAGGGUGGAAACACUCAGAGCCUCCUCCGCAGGCUUGAAUGAAACCAGGAUGAGCUGUACCUGAGGGAAUUAUUCCGUGAAAACAUCAGCGCCUUGUGUUGAUUAAUGCAGCAAAAACUUUUUGUGCACAUAAGAGUCACGCUUGCUAAGCAGUUAUGAUUUAGGAGGUUUUGAAUCAGAGGGAUCACUUAGAGGCCAGCUUUGUGCAGGCGUUCAGGACUUUGCCACAACCUUAUUCCUGCUGCACAAGGGGAGGAAGGAUUAUAUGUAAACAAGUUCCUGUUUUUUUAAGAUUUUAUUUAUUUACCUCUAGAGAGAGGGAAAGAGAGGGAGAAAGAAAGGGAGAGAAACAUCGAUGUGUGACAGAAACGUGGAUAGAUUGCCUCUCACAUGAAUCCUGACCCACAUGAAUCCAGGUCCACAACCCAAGCAUGUGCCCUGAUUGGAAAUCGAACCCAUCACCCUUUGCUUUUCAGAACAGCAACCAGCCAACUGAGCCACACUGCUCAGGGCUGUAAACAAGUUCUUCAGAGGCCACUCAGUUUUCCUAAAUUAGGCCCUGUGGGUUAAAAAACGAGAGGCUUCCUUAAGAGCAAAGCAACUGUUUUAAUCAUUAAGAUUUCUGUUUCAUUAUUAUGAAUUACCUUGCGUUCCUUCCCCAUUUUACUGCUGCUCUUCACACCUUAAAUGUUCAUAAAAUAUCAAUUUCAGUUCAAAACUUUGAAAACUAAGAAACCUUUGCAUGUGUUGAUGUUCCGAGGCGCCCCCUGGGAAGUCCUCUCAGCCCCUGUCAACAAAGAAUGGUAUGGCUGCUGAUAAGAGACCUGUGCAUGUGCUAUUCAUUUUAUUAAAAUCUGUCCAGUUGAGAAUUGAAUGUAGAUUUAUGUUAGAGGAGAAAUUCUCCAGAGAGGGUUUCCUGUUUUUAAUUACUAAAUACAUAGAAAUAAUUUACCUUCUUCACAUGCUAACUCUGGUAAGCUGAUUCUGCAGUGACCAGUCCUACAGGAAUGGCUCGCAGGUGCCAAGCCAACCUCUGGUUAUCCGAGGCUUUGUGUGCGUGUGCCCCUUGGUUUUCCUUGCUCACCUCGCUCUCAGCUCCUCCAAGGAAAGAGCAGAAGGCCCUCCACAUGACCCGGUGUGGGAAGGAGGGUCAUCUAAUGAGGCAGGGCCGGGGGGAUGUUGGGACUACCUAACCAGCUCCUACCUCCACCGCCACACUAAGGACAAAACCACAGGGCUCUAGGAAGAGGGACUUGGCUCACAAGUUUGUGGAGUGUUUGCUAAGAGAUGACCUGACUUCCACAUGUGGGUUAGGUUUACUUUCUUGUAGGUUGCCAGAGCACAGACUCAUAUCCCCAGAAAUCAGCUCUCUGGGGAGAAAGGCAGCUUUGGCACCACGUGAAGCAUUUACAUCCAGAUGGCCUGAGGUCUCAGGAGUCAAGUAUUGGACAGCACACCUGUUCUGGCUUAUGAGAAAAGGGGGGGGGGGCUUAUCCUUUUUCCAUUCCUAUUUUUGUUUUAGGGAAGGGAGAAAGGACUUUAAUAAUUUAUGAAAACAAAAUCUACCUAUUUGGCAGUAUAUAAAACAGUCUAAAUAGGCCGACUCUACCUUUUUUUUUUUUUUUUAAGAGAAAGGAAUAAUAACAUUUGUGUAGUCCGUGGUCUCUUUUAAUCUUUAUUCAGUCCUGUAAAGUAGGUAUUAGGUCCUCAUUUUAAAAAUAAAGAAACCUGGGCUUAGAACAGUUAAGUGCUGGUGGGGAGGUUUUUGGUUCCUCAGCAUAUUAUUUUGCUGCCUCAGCACAGUGCGGUGGCCAGAACAAAGGUGGUGUGCUCAACUCCAGUGAGCCCUCAUUGGGGCAGGAGGGCCUAGGAAUAGGGUCAGCAAGCCACGAACUCUUCAAGAUUUGUUUUUAAAACUAUUUUGGACAGAAAUGGAGGAGAGAAUCUAACCAGAGGGCUCUUAUAGAAAGGCUCACUUUUUCCCUCCCCUUUGAAGACCCUCUAAGGGAGCGUGUGGCUGGAACACGCUUGUGUCCAGCCAUUUUCUCGACACUCCAUGUUUCCAGAUGUGUGACCAGAAGAGGGAUUCUGCCCAUUUCCAGUUGUGGGUCCCCUUGGAGUUUACAUCACUUGUUUUUCAGUUCUCCGUUUUCUAUUCCUUUCUUCAAAAAUCCAGCAUAGGCCUCAGUGCAGGAACAAUUAUUUUAACAAAAUCUCAAGCUCCGUAGCUGCAGGUGAUGACCUCAGUCAUUUUAAGAUAGUCUGGAUGAGUUUGCUCAUUAACUAGUGGCUUCCAUAGUGAACAUUAAAAACCCAGAGUAGAUGUUCACUUCUCAUCUAAUCCUCGCCCAGCAGAAAAAGCCAAGUUUUAGGAGAAAGAGAGAAAGCUGCAUGUCUGGUUGCGUGGACAGAGACGAUCUUGUCUACAUUUUGUGAAUCAGUUAUUAAACAGAGGGGUCUUUUGGGCUUUGAGUUCUCCUAGCGAUAGAAGAGGAACUCUCCUAAGUUCGUAAGUUCCACAUUCGCUAACUUCUAAUGAUGACCCAUCACCCACUAAUCCACUGAAGGAAGGGAGUGCCGGAGAUGAGUUUUGAAAUAGGUGGAGAUCCUCUCCAUGUCUGGACCGUCACAUACGGUGUACAGAGUCGAUGCAUGUCAGGGCCAGGAGGCCAGGAGGGUGAGUGCUUAUGGAGAUAGCCCUGUAGCAAAUGAAAAAUGGGGGCUCUGGGAACGUGCUGUGUCACCAUGGGCAUGUGUGUCCCUGGCUGCCUCACCUGAUAGCAGCUUCUUCCACAGAAGCAUCUCAGAGAAGAUGGACGGGUGCUCCUUCUCAUGCACCACCUUCAAGUCCACCCACCCCGGACACAGUGUGGCUUUAAGUGAUGGCCUUGGCUGGAUACCCUCCAGCCAGUGUGUUUGUUAUCCGCAUCCCGCAGUGUCUGCUUUCCCUGCCCUGCAUAAUUUAAGCAUUAGAGCUAAAUACAUCUGUCAUUUUCCUUUCUCUGGAGACGUGGAGUCCAGAGCUUUUCAGGGGAGUGGAAAGAAGAAAUGUUACGUAACUCCAAGCCGAGGCCUGGAACUGUCCAGACAUGGUGGGGCUGGCCCGGAGGCUGCUCCUCCUGCACUUAGUGUGUCUGUCAUCGAUCCAGGACUGAGCCCCAGCUGCAAGCCCUGCGCAGAGAAGGGAAACUAACUUCCACUUUCAAAUAGAAAUUGACACGUGGGGACAUCUACUUUGUGCCACACUUAAUUUACCUCAUUACUCCUCACAACUCUGCGGGGUAGACGAGGCCGUCCUGUGAAGCCACCAUAACUCACAAUUCAGCAGUGUCCCAGCCUCCAAACUUCAACCCUUUGGAGCACAUGCAACCUUUUCAGAAAUAAAUGGUCGCUUAUCUGUGAAGUGAUGACAGGAUAGACAGACACGUGGCAUUCCAAGAGGGAACCCCCAGUCUCAUCAUCAGCAACGUUCCCUCCAAACUUCAUUCUACAGUCUCACCCUCAGAAAAAUGCUGUCUGUGGUCUCUUCCUCCUGCCUCCUACGGGAAGGUCAGUAACAGGCCAGGGAUGGGUGGGGAGAGGGGAAAGACUGGAGAGGCACAAGUAAGCCAAGAACUCUACUCCGCCUCUUCCCUGCUGUGAUCAUAGACAGGGACCGGCCAGCUGCCAGCGUGGACGCCUGAGUGGUCCCACUGAGCAGAGGACAGACACCUGCCCCAACCACACAUGCUCUGAAUGAGCUAAGCUGUUAAUAUGUGUUUAGUGCAGAAUGUGACUGUAACUUAAUGUACUGCGAACUUGUAAAGACUUCCCCCAUGUGAAGAAUGUAUGUAUAUUAAAGUUUCAUGUAACAAAGUUUUUACUUUUUGCAAUUAAA